AUGCUGUCUCACGCCAAGAUCAUCUUCCGCAAGCUCCGUGGUAGUAGCAGCCGUAGCAGCCGUGGCAGCGAGCCCGCGCCAUCAGCGCCAGCCACGACAGCAGAGAGCGGAAUUGUUAACCCAUCCCCUCGCGCCAUCCAUUUCAGCGACGUGAGGCGGUCACCCACCGAGCUACCCCCCUGGUCCGAUGCACAGUCCAUAUCCAUAAUCGUGGUGAAUGCCAAAGGCGCCGCCGACGACUUGAAGCUUUACAGGAUUACUUUUGCGAUAAUUACAUCUAUAGUGUCGGCUUCGUCCCACCCAGCACCCCGGGGUCUUAACAUGGCUUUAUCCAGCCUCAUGCAGCAUGUCUGUCUCAUCUUCACGUACGAUUCCUCAUCCAGGGAAUCAUGGGAUGAAGUAGUCGCCGCCUAUAAGAGGAUGCGCAACCGCUGCAAAGACGGGGUCCUCCCCUUUCUUGCGACAAUGAUCGCUGCCAUGGGUGAAGGUGAAGGUGAAGCCUCUGUGUUGCACGCUGAAGCUGAGGCGUUUGCAGCCCAGUGGGACUGUCUCUUUGCCAAGUUCUCGCCUAUAACUGGGCGCGGCAUUUGCGAUGCUGUCGGCUCGCUAGUUGAGCUGGCGCACGGCGCUCGUGAUCAAUAUACUAAGGAUCAGCAGGGUCAUACCCAGAGGCACAAGAGAGCGGAAACACUUCAGGCAUUAUUUUCCAGCUACAAAUGCCCAGCUCAAGACUGGCAUCAUCAUGGGUAA